AUGGCGGAGAAGUUUGACCACCUGGAGGAACAUCUGGAGAAGUUCGUGGAGAACAUCCGUCAGCUCGGCAUCAUCGUCAGCGACUUCCAGCCCAGCAGCCAGGCGGGGCUCAACCAGAAGCUGAAUUUUAUUGUGACUGGCUUACAGGAUAUUGACAAGUGUCGACAGCAGCUUCAUGAUAUUAGUGUUCCUUUAGAAGUUUUUGAGUAUAUUGAUCAAGGUCGUAAUCCCCAGCUGUACACCAAAGAGUGCCUGGAGAGAGCUCUAGCCAAAAAUGAACAAGUUAAAGGCAAAAUAGACACUAUGAAGAAAUUUAAAAGCCUGUUGAUUCAAGAGCUUUCUAAAGUUUUUCCAGAAGACAUGGCUAAGUACCGAAGUAUCCGAGGUGAAGAUCAUCCCCCCUCUUAAAUAUUUUGCUUUCAUUGUGUGUUUCUGAAGAAGCCUGUUUACAACUUUCCUUGACUUGUCAUGCCUUUUUGAAAUGUUUGAGGGUACAAUGCUUGAGGUCAAAGUGUUCUUGAAAUGUGG